GGGUAGCCUCUGAGGGUAAGUGACUAAGACUUCUCCUCUGCUGUCCAAGCGCUUUGGUGCAGGGACAGCGGCCGUCUUCAGCCAAUCCAGUGCAGGCUCUCCACCGAAGGCUGGCUCUAGACUGGUGGUAUGCGUACCCAAUAGUAUAGUCAUGGCCGACUGCUGCUUGUGGUUCUCUGACGAUUGUGCUUCUUGUUAAUCCUGUCAUGCUUGGUAAUUGUAUCAAUUAGAAUUGAUAACUGUCUUGACUUGAAUUUUGUUAUUUUAAAACUGCUGUACCUGUGCAAUAAAGAUGCAAUACCUUUCUUUAAGAACAAUUGUAUAGAAAGCUAUAAGAAUGGAAGUGACACAAUUGGCAUGGUGAAAAUUCAGGCUGUUCCUGGAUACUAUCAUCAUUUCUCCCAAGCCCUAAAGUUGCUCUUUUCAGCAACUUAAGUGGGACUCAUUCCAGUAAAGGUGUGCAUCUUUAAAUUAAAAUACUGUAAUUUAUUUGAAAUAUAGCAUUAAGUUUAAAUAGACCUUUGAAGGAUUUCAUUUGUUUUUAGAACAAAGUUAGUGAAUUAAUAUAUUUGAAUACUAAAAUUUCCUUACUAGUUGUAAAGUUAUUGAUGGUUCUACUUGUGAAUGUUUAAGCUGAUUAGCUACAGAAUGGCUCCUGGGAGAUGGGUAGUGCUGCUACUAUUCUGGCUUCCCUUCUAAAUGUAGAGGCGUUGCUUCCUGGGCCAGCUGCCUCUUACAGGCAUCUGUAGAAUUUAUUGUUUAGAAUGUCAGUGGGUUUGAAUGUUACCUUCUCUAAGGUUUUAGGGCAGAGAUAACUGGGUGGGAACAGUUAAAUCUCUCAUAUGUGGUACAGCCUAACAUUAGGGUAUGCUGUACCAUUGGAUAUAUUGGGCAAUGUAUAUAACCUCAUGAUGUGUUUUCUCGUGAAUUGUUUUUGCAUUGUUGAUAAAGCUAGUAUACUCCUUGGUUUUAGCCUAUAAAAUUUAAAUAUAUAAAGAAACUAUUAAAGAUGUAGUCAAUUUUAAAUGACCUUUAACUUUUCUAAAAAUGUGAAGUUUUGUACUUAUAUAUAUCAGCUAAAGUAUUAUAGCAUUCUUUAGUGUACUUAGUUUGAUGCCACUUUUAGUGUUUUUGUUGCUUUUGUCUGAUUUUUAUGAAUGUUCAUUUUAAGACUCCUUGUUGAAAUGGGACAGUUUCGUUCUUUGAUAAGCCCGAGAAGAGGAUUCCCUUGGGUGUUGACCUCCUCUGCAUGAUGUGCCCAUGCAUCUGAACUGCACCCAAGGGCCUUUCCUUUCCCAAGUGGACUCCCUCCCUGGAGCUGUGGCUCAAUCAUCUGGAGAAGGACGGGGCUACAAAUGCUGCCUGAAGAAAAGGAACACAGGAAGGAGGACAGCUUGUCUGACAGUUGGGAGGCUUCAUGCUCAGCCUUCUCAUUUGAGUUUGCAUGUUUCUCUGCACUAUGGAUUUUGAACAUUUAGAUUUCUUUAAUCAACUACAUUUUAACUAAGUAGCAUUUUCUUUCUAAGCAUUGUGCUUUGCAUGAUAGCAGGUCAUAGAGAAGGAAAAGUAAAGUUAAAGUCGGUUCUCGUUCAUAGCAACAUUAUCUGACAUUCAGCCAGCUUUUUCCCCCAGUGAUUUAUUUCUUUCCUGUAUUCAGAAUGUUCCCUGUUACCUGUGGGGAUUCCCAGAGUACCCAGCACAGUCCUAGUGUAGAACCCUUAAGAAUAACAACCUUUGAUGACAGGUGGUGGCAUAGUUGCCCAUGGCAUUACAGUCUUCCUGGUUUUGAUUUCAGGAACUACAUGAAUGACAGCCUUCGCACAGAUGUCUUUGUGCGGUUCCAGCCUGAAAGCAUUGCUUGUGCCUGUAUCUACCUUGCUGCCCGGACACUGGAGAUCCCUUUACCUAAUCGUCCACAUUGGUUUCUUUUGUUUGGAGCAACUGAAGAGGAAAUUCAAGAAAUUUGCUUUAAAAUCUUGCAGCUUUAUACACGGAAAAAGGUUGACUUGACGCAUCUGGAAAGUGAAGUGGAAAAGAGAAAGCACGCCAUCGAAGAGGCAAAGGCACGAGCCAAGGGUCUGCUGCCACCAGGGAGUGCGCCAGGCUUGGACAGUGCUACUGCAGGGUUCUCACCCGCUCCCAAGCCGGUAGAAUCCCCCAAAGAAGGUAAAGGAAGCAAGUCUUCCCCACUCUCUGUAAAGAAUGCCAAACGGAAAAUGGAAGGCCCAAAGAAAGCCAAGGGCGACAGCCCUGUAAAUGGCUUGCUAAAAGGGCAGGAGAGUCGAAGUCAAAGCAGGAGUCGUGAGCAGAGCUACUCAAGGUCCCCAUCACGGUCUGCUUCUCCAAAGAGAAGGAAAAGUGAUAGUGGCUCUACCUCAGGGGGGUCCAAGUCACAGAGUCGUUCUCGGAGCCGCAGUGACUCUCCUCCAAGGCAAGUACACCGUGGUGCUCCCUACAAAGGCUCAGAAGUGAGGGGCUCCCGGAAAUCCAAGGACUGCAAGCACCUCACCCAGAAGCCACACAAGUCUCGUAGCCGGAGCUCCUCCCGUUCCCGCAGCCGGUCACGAGAACGGACAGACAGUUCUGGAAAAUACAAGAAGAAAAGUCAUUACUAUAGAGAUCAAAGACGGGAGCGCUCAAGGUCAUAUGAGCGCACAGGCCAUCGAUAUGAGAGGGACCACCCUGGACACAGCAGGCAUCGGAGGUGAGAUAGGUUCCCUGGUGGCUGCCCUUGGUCCCUCCCUGUUGGGCACACCUUGGCUUCAGUGGCCUUGUCACAUAAUGUUUUUUUAAAGUGUUUUUGAUUGGACCUUGAGGUGAAUUUGACAGUGGGCAAGGUGCCCUUCAGGCUGGCCUGGGGAGUGCUGCACAUCUGUCCUAGGUAAUGGUCCACCUCAACUGCAGACCUUCAGGUAGCUGGAUGGAACAGCAAAGGCACACGCCUCCACUGGCGUGGCUUGGUGCUAUUGACAAGCUGUCUCUUCACUCCUAAACUGAUACUCAAUUACGUUAAGCCAAGAAAGAUGAUUUUUCAAAUCUUUGCCUAUAUUAGGUUGUACUUGUGUACAUAUUUUGCAGUGGUUCACAAUGAGAAAAUGGCCUUAAUAGCCCCCUUGUUCUCUAUUCACGUUGUAAAUAAACAUGUUUAAUACAAGUGAAAGCUAUAUAUGAGAACUCAGAAUUUGAUUCUGUUAGCUUAACACUUGUAUAGAAAAUUGAGAUUUUUAAAAUGUGAAGGUAUUUAGGUCUGUGUUGAAAGUCAUAUAUUUUUAUCUGUGCAAUGCUGAGUGCAGGCCACCAGCUCGAGAGAAAUUUUACGUGGUUGAAUAAACAAUUCUCAGGACACUUGUUAUGUAA